AUGUCAGACUCUGCACCUACCGAAGCACUCCUUGCAGCCAACGGACCACACUACCUACCUUACGCCAAACCAACCAAGAAAAUGGACGCACGCAAGACCACGACAACAUCGAACAAGUCGGUCAUGGACGAAAAGCACACAGACACCGCUUCCGUACGGAGCACGUCGACGUUGUCGAGCCUGAAGAGCCUGCUGCCGAAGAAACGAUCCUCUGUGUCGUCAGUGGAGUCGACGAAGCCUAAGUCUCCGUCGAAGUUGUCUGAGACCGCCAUCAGGCAUGAGGCCCGUGCCGCAUACUUCCAAUACAAGUGA